UCAUUUAAAAUUCCAAAUGAUCCGCGGAGGCAGUUACAAUUUCCUGAUAAUGAAAUUGUCACAGUUCCAGCCCUAUCUGAAAGAUGUGCGACCCAAAAUCUAGAUAACUCGUUUGAAACUGAUUUUGCACCUCUUCCCAGUUCUCAGACAAAUACAGAAGAAGAGGCCAAUGGCAGUUUUAGUGAUACCAUUAUUACUACUGAUGAAAAUAAUCGUAGUGAAUUGGUGAAUACAAAGAAGCGUAGUGCUGAUAACUUAAAUGAUUAUUAUAUGCCAGAAGAUGAUAAUAACCAAUUGUUAAAACGUCACAAAGCUGAUGCAGAUUUUGAGAAUAGUAUUCUAAUUAAUCAGAUCUUGCAAAUGCGCCAGCAAGCUAAAGAAAAAUUAAAUCCAGUCCCAGUGCAUAGUGCAAGAAAUAUAAAGUCGAGAGUUAGUUUUGACGAAAAUAACAUAUCAUACAGACUUCCAAAAUAUCCCUUUAUUACUUUAACAAGAAUAGAUGGUGAAAAAGUUUAUGUACGUUGCCAUUCUGAGGAGUAUGAGAAAGAGGAGUUGAAAAGAAUUGCAAGUCAAGAAAGCCAUUACCGAUUAUUAGGAGAUUCUUCAAAAGAAUUGUGGAAGGAAGCCAAUGAGAUUAUAAAUAAAAUGGUCGACAAUGAGUUAAAUAAUGGUGUUCCUGAUGUUUCUGAAGAAAAUAAUUCUAGCGGUUUUAAGAUAUCAGAAGAAAAUAACAAUAGUCAGUUAUGGGUGGAUAUGUAUAAACCAAAGAGCUAUUUUCAACUCCUAAGUGAUGAAAGUACCAACAGAUCCUUGCUGAAGUGGUUAAAAAUGUGGGAUAAGGUCGUUUUUAAUCGCAAUGUUAUUCAAAAAGUGAAACAGAACGAGAUGAAAAUGAAAUCCAAAUUUCAGAAGCAAGACAUUGAAAUGAAAUUUGACGACCUUGGUAGACCUGAACGGAAAGUUGCCUUGCUAUGUGGGGCACCUGGAUUGGGAAAAACAACAUUAGCACAUAUUGUUGCAAGGCAAGCAGGUUACAACGUUGUUGAAGUGAAUGCUUCAGACGAUCGUAGUACAGAAGCAUUCAAAACAAUCCUAAAAAAUGCCACCCAAAUGCGGUCUUUUAUAGAUCGUGAAAAUCGCCCAAACUGCCUUAUAUUCGACGAAAUCGAUGGUGCUCCUCAAUCAUCAAUCGAUUAUCUGGUAAAAUUCGUCACCGACUCGGCAACCACCAAGUCGACGAAGGGCACCACUAAGAAACGAAACGUCCUUAAACGUCCCAUCAUUUGUAUUUGCAACGAUGUCUACGUUCCUGCAUUAAAACCUUUGAGACAAAUUGCAUUUGUGGUCAAUUUUCCUCAAACGUCAACUUCUCGAUUGGCAGAAAGAUUGUGUGAAAUAGCCAGACACCAAGGCAUCAAAACGGAUAUGGGUGCUCUUCUGGCACUUGGAGAAAAAUCUAACAACGACAUCAGAUCGUGCAUUUCAAUUUUACAUUUCUUCAAGUCGCUAAGCAAAAAGAUAUCGUUAUCGGACGUAUAUAAGACAAAUAUAGGGCAGAAAGACAUGCAAAAAGGUCUGUUUGCCGUUUGGAAUGAUAUUUUUCAAAUAGAACGUAACAAGCAAAGUGCUGUUUAUUCUAGUGAUUGUAACGCGCGUGAACUGCAUGACAGUUUCAGUUUAAAAAAUCGAAUGAAAAAGAUUUUAAAUGAUGUUAGUUCGUUUGGUGAUUAUGAACGAUUGGCCCAAGGUGUUUUCGAAAAUUUCACGAACCUGACGGUCAAAGAUUCGAUGUUAACGCAAACGUGUGAGGCUCUGGAGUGGUUUUCAUUAUUUGAUAAAAUGAAAACAAGGAUACGAACUUUACAAGAUUACAGUUUGAUGAGAUAUUUGCCAUAUGCUUUUGUGGUCUGGCACUUUGUGUUUGGCUCAUUUGCAAGACCAAAGCUUUCUUACCCUAAUGCAGAUUAUGAGGCCAGGGUAAAAUUGAACAAAACUUUGGCAAUCGUUCGAGAAGUACUGAAGCAGAUGCAACCAUCAAUUCGAACGUAUACACAUAUUAAUCCCCUCAUAUUAGAUAUUUUGCCCCUUUUGGUUUACAUAAUUGUACCUUUAUUACGUCCUGUAAAUUUACACCUUUACACCCAGAAAGAGAAGGAGGACUUAGAGCGGGUGGUGAAUACCAUGAUUGACUACAAUUUAAACUACGUCCAAGAAAGGCACCCUGAUGGGAAUUAUUCAUAUGAAUUAGAUCCCAAUAUAAACGAAGUGGCCUAUUUUUCUAUUUCAAAACCGUCACGUACGUUUUCUUAUUCAAUAAAACAGUUAAUAUCUCAAGAAAUUGAAGUGGAAAAAAUUCGAAGGCUGAAUCUGGCAUCUAAAAGUGGCCAAAAUGAACAUAAAGAAAACGGCGGACCAAAGAAAACUGACGCUCAGAAUGUACCAAAUCAUUUGCAGCGCUUGAAACCCAAACUGAAGUCGCCAAAGGAAACGAUUCGAAAGGACUUCUUUGGGCGAGUCAUCAAAUCACCAACAACAUCAAAUUCUGAAUCCAACAAGAAACAGAACGACAUUUGGUAUCACUAUAAAGAAGGCUAUAGUAAUGCCGUACGAAAAUCAAUCAAAAUUUCAACCCUUAAAUAAUUGUUAUAAAAAUAAAACAGAAUCACACUACUAUCGUUAAUCGUAAGUUAAGAACAUACAAGUUUCCGAUGGAGAAGUAAAAGGUAUUAACAUUUAUUUUGUUUAUCUUCUGUAUUUUUGUGUAAUUUUUAUUUUGUAAUAAAUUCUAGAGCGAGAGAAGUUGAAGUCGAAUUAUUUU